UGAAACACAAAAUUUAACAAAACAAAACAUAUAAACAUAUACGGUAUACCAAAAGACAGGUUAACACUGUGAACAUUAAAGAGAUAUAUAAACAUAUCUCAUAGCUAGUUCUGUAUUUUUUAUAUUCUGUCUCAUAGCAUAUAAUAUUUCUUUUAACUAAUAAACUCUUAUUUUGAAAGUUAUAUUUAUGUGUAAAUUUAAAAAGAAAAUUAAAAGCUUGUUGUUUAUAUCUCCAAUAUAUUAAUCGUUUUUCUAAACCCAAAUAAAAUCGUUACAUUUGAAAAAUCAAAUGAGGGAAAACAUACCCGCUGCAAGAAAAAUAGCAAAUAAUAACGGAUGAAGACCUUGGUUUUAUUAAUAAACCAAACACGAGACAAGUUGCUUAAUAAAACCGGAAUAUGAAUUCAAAACCAAUCGACAAAACAAAAGACAAGUUGCGAGACAAAGACCAAUCAGAAUCUCGCUUCCGUAAAUCUCAUGACGUCAUCUUGACCCUUAAGCUUUCGUUCUGUGGAUAAAGCGCACGUGUUUUAAUUCACGAACCUUCGUGGUUAUGAAAUAUCCACAACUUUCAUAUUUUCCAGCCUUUUUUAAUUUCCCACUAUAUUAAUAAAAUUGAAAAACAUGAAAAAACUAAUUAAUUUUUCCAGGUUCAUGAACCUUAUCCCCUCUAGUAUCCACUAUAUAAACCUCUUCACCAUCGUUCCACUGAGAAAAAAAAUUAGACAUUUGACAAUUCAAUUAUAAAAAAGAAACAUAACAAAAAAAAAAAAAAACUCAUUUUCUCUGUAAUGAUGUACGGACAGGGCGAGGUAGAAUCCGACUACGCUUUGUUGGAGUCGAUACGACGUCACUUGCUAGGAGGAGAGGCCGAGUUGCGGUUCGCAGAGUCAAUACCGAGUUCUUGUUUCACAGAGAGCUGGGGAGACUUGCCGUUGAAAGAGAACGAUUCCGAAGAUAUGUUAGUCUACGGUCUCCUUAACGACCCCUAUGACACGUCAUCGCCGUCGUCCGACUUGAGUUGUAUCACCGACUUCUUAGACUUAGAAACGUCGUCGAAGCGCCCUAGCGAUUCUCCGGUGGUUAAAGCCGAACCGGCGGAGAGCUUCGCAGCGGCGACGGUGGAGAAACCGAAGGCGGCGACGGCGAAGGGGAAGCAUUACAGAGGGGUGAGACAGAGGCCGUGGGGGAAAUUCGCGGCGGAGAUUCGAGAUCCGGCGAAAAACGGAGCGAGGGUUUGGUUAGGGACGUUUGAGACGGCGGAGGACGCGGCGUUUGCUUACGAUAGAGCUGCUUUUAGGAUGCGUGGUUCCCGCGCUUUGUUGAACUUCCCGUUGAGAGUUAAUUCCGGUGAGCCUGAUCCGGUGAGGAUCACGUCAAAGAGGUCUUAUACUUCGUCUUCCUCAGAAAACGGGAAGCUGAAACGGAGGAGAAAAACAGAGAACGUACCGUCCGAGUUCCAGGUGAAAUGCGAGGUUGUAUAAGAGACACGUAUCAGUUACUUGUUGGUUUCGAAGCUUGAUGUGUGUUUUGUAGUAGAAAGUUUUGCUAUUAUAAUGUUGUGGCAGAUAGUAAAGUUUUCCUUGAUGUAAAUUAUUUGAUAUGGAUUUCAUUUGUUUUUUUUUA